AUGCGGCGAGCUAAGCCCCACCAGGACCGUCCGGAAGAGCCCCUGGGCAUGUGCUGUGGCGGGCGGGGGCGGCUUGCAUGGCCUUUGCCAAAACGACGACACGCGUCGGGGCCGGGGAUGGCCAUGCUUCUAUUCGUCUCAGUCGCCAUCUUGCAUGUGCAAUCAUGCAUGCCGUGGCCAUCAUCUGCUUUUUUUGUCGCGACUUUGCUGUGGACCAGAUCAGGGACAAAACAGUGGACAGUGUCUACAGCGUAUGUACUUGGUACUUACUACAUACCAAAAUGUACAUGCGAUGGCGAAUACGGUAUCGUUUGGCUGCCCCUUGGUCGUAGCUUUUUUUAA